AUGUCAGGCAUUGAUCCAGAAAUCAUCCAACACCGCAUACCACUUUAUGAAGACGCAAAACCGGUGAAGAAGAAGCUUCGGAGAAUGAAGGUAGACAUCGUGGACAAGAUCAAGGAGGAAGUUCAGAAACAGCUCGACGCAGGAUUCCUCAAAGUGGUAGAUUACCCAGAGUGGAUCGCCAAUGUAGUCCCAGCCGCAAAGAAAAAUGGAAAGAUCCGAGUAUGUGUAGACUAUCGAGAUCUCAACAAAGCAAGCCCUAAAGAUAGCUUCCCACUACCACACAUCGACGGGCUAGUGGAUCAUUCAGCAGGCCAUCAACUUCUAUCAUUUAUGGACGGAUUCUCAGGCUACAACCAAGUACUGAUGGCUCUAGAAGACAAGGAGAAGACAACGAGAUUCUUGAUGGAAUUGAGUUUGCUAGGGGUGACUCCAAAUCAACCUGGGGUUCUAUGCGUGCAAUAUGGAACACAACAGGACAAGAAAUGUUCCAAAGCCUUGGCGUGGCUUUUUAUCGAGGGGUUGAUUGCUGAGAACGUCUAUGAUGUUAAUGUGAUGAAGUCGUUUUUGCUUCAGGCUGAGGAGAGGCACUGUGAGAUUCUUGGCCGACUAAUGUGCACUUCCAAAAUUGUUGCCAAGCAGGAAGGCCUUGAAGAUGGCUUUAGAGUUGUGAUUAAUGAUGGACUAGCAGAAUGUAAAUCAACACCUUCAUGUCCAUCUCCUUGGGGGACGUCAAAUGAACUGGCCACCAGGCUAAGACUUUAUGAAGUUACUUAUUAG